CUGUGUGCUGCCCACCUGCCGACCCCCUCAGAGGCGCCAAACCACUAUCAAGCGGUGUGUCGGGCUCUGUUUGCUGAAACAAUGGAACUGUACACUUUCCUGGCCAAAAUCAAAAGUGCAAAAGAGAAUCUGAAGAAGAUUCAAGAAAUGGACAAAGAGGCAAGUGAUGAAUCCAGCACAGAUCUUGAUGACUUAAAAAAUGCUGACUGGGCUCGUUUUUGGGUGCAAGUGAUGCGAGAUUUACGGAAUGGAGUGAAGCUGAAGAAGGUUCAGGAGCGUCAGUACAACCCCCUCCCCAUAGAGUAUCAGCUCACCCCCUAUGAGAUGCUGAUGGAUGAUAUUAGAUCCAAACGCUACACCUUGAGAAAGGUGAUGGUCAACGGUGACAUUCCACCUCGAUUAAAGAAGAGUGCCCAUGAAAUAAUCCUGGAUUUCAUCCGAUCGCGGCCUCCGUUAAAUCCCGCCUCGGCAAGAAAACUGAAACCAACCCCACCACGGCCACGCAGCCUUCAUGAGAGGAUCCUGGAGGAAAUCAAGGCAGAGAGGAAGCUACGUCCAGUCUCCCCUGAUGAGAUAAGGCGUAGCAGGCUGGCAAUACGGCCACUUAGCAUGUCUUACAGUUUUGACUUGUCAGAUGUAUCUACACCAGAGGCUGGAAGAAAAGCAGAUGCUUCUGUAGUCAAUGGUGGCCCAGCACCACAAGAAAAGCAGAAUGGGGCCACACAAGUGACAGUACAACGCAAGAGACUCCUUAAAGCUCCCACGUUGGCUGAACUUGACAGCUCAGAUUCAGAGGAGGAAUCAGUGCAGAAAUCAGCAAGCAGCAGCAGCAUCUCCCCCUCACAAGCAGAAGACCCCUCUCAAGAAGGCACCAGCAGCAGAAAGAUGCCUCCAAAGUUCUUGCCCAUAUCCUCUACACCACAGCCUGAGAGACGGAAGCCACCGCAGAGGCGACACUCCAUUGAAAAGGAAACGCCAACCAAUGUGAGACAGUUCUUACCACCUUCAAAACAGAACUCCAAAUCACUUGAGGAGUUCUGUUACCCGGUGGAGUGUCUGGCUCUGACGGUGGAGGAGGUCAUGCACAUCCGUCAGGUGCUGGUGAAGGCGGAGCUGGAAAAGUACCAGCAGUAUAAAGAUGUCUACACUGCUCUCAAGAAAGGAAAGCUCUGCUUCUGCUGUCGGACAAGGAGGUUUUCCUUCUUCACCUGGUCCUACACGUGUCAGUUCUGUAAGAGGCCCGUGUGCUCACAGUGUUGUAAAAAGAUGCGGCUGCCAUCGAAGCCAUACUCAACCCUCCCCAUCUUCUCCCUGGGACCUUCAACCCUGCAGAGAGGAGAGAGCUUCAUGAGGCCAGAGAAACCCUCCACCAGUCACCACCACUCCCUGCGGAGCGUGGCCAGGUUGACCUCAAGGUCGAAAUCUGUGGAUAAAUCACACGAAGAGUUUCCCAAAGAAUUGAUGGAGGACUGGAGCACGAUGGAGGUGUGCGUGGACUGCAAGAAGUUUAUUUCAGAAAUCAUCAAUUCCAGCCGGCGCAGCCUGUCUCUGGCCAACAAGCGAGCCAGGUUAAAAAGGAAGACGCAGUCCUUCUACAUGUCAUCACCAGGAACCUCGGAAUACUGCCCCUCGGAAAGGACCAUCAACGAGAUCUGAGCCCUGUGCCUUUUGCUUUGCUUCUGUCUUCAUGAGGUCAUCGCCCACGAGCCAGGUCACCAGAACCAGGUUAUCAUUCCGUCGCUUCCUUUCACUUGACUGGCACGAGUUCCCCUCAGGUCGCCGGGUUUCCU